AUGCUCCGGAUAUCGGCAGUCUCCUUUGAGACGCCUCUAAGGGUUGCCCUCACCCUCUUCUCGCGCUUCGCGAACCGGAAGUUCUUCUUCACGUUUGCUGCUCUCGCUGUUUGGAACGCCAAGAUCAUUCACAUACAUGCUCAUCUCUCUGCCGUGCCCGCAAAUCAACUGCGACAAUGGGGCUACUCGUUCUUUGCCCAAGAUGUUGCUAUCCUUGUCUUGAUACGGCUCCUCCUUGAUCGCUGGGUGGUUGGCUUGGCUUUUGUGUCGCGGCUGGCGAUGUACUUCUUGACCAGCAUCAUCAUCCUUUACAACGCCGCUCUUGGCAUUAUCGCAGUCUCUUUUUACCUCGUCGCAGGCUCCGAGAUCCACCUGCGAAACGUUUCUCUCCCCACCGAUCCUUCGUCGCGAGCUCUGAUCCUGUCAGGAAGCUUGUCAUUCACGGCCGUCCUUUCUCUUACUCUCCUCUUCAGCUGGCUGCUACAAGACUUCUGUUACAGCUUCUGGGGCUACGCUGCCGAUGUCGCCAACUGGCCCUUUGCGACAACAUUGCGACUGUUCCGCCGGAUUCGUCCUCAAUCCGCAUACUCCCAGAUCCCCCAGCUCGAUAUCGAAGACCCCACCAAGCUCGUGUACGAUGACGAGAGUUCCUCCAGCAGCUUCUUUGACGAUGAUGCGCAGCGCCAGACGCUGUCCGUACCGCUUCGACUUGCCCUGCAACUGAUCGAGAGAUUGGGACUUGACAUUGCCCCAUCGAAGCUCAAGUCCUUCCUCAAUAUCUCUACGUAUACCAUCGUCACAAUAGCCCUCCUCGCACUUGUCUUCUCGGCUUUUGCCCGACCCCACGACCGAUCGCUUAUCUUCCUUUCUUGGACGACCGCAUUGCUGCCAUUCGUCGACUUCUCAGCCUCGUCGCCGAUGCUCGAACAACUGCCUUCGGUAUUCGGCACUGGCAUUCAACGUACCUGGGAUCACCGAACAUCCCUUGCCGAUCCGGCGCCUCUAGACUGGCUGCCAAAGGAUAACAUGCUGGCGGGCUUUGAGGACUGGUAUUCAGGGAGAGAGCAUUACAGCGCAAACGCCGACCCCUUGAAGAUUUCGAACCUCGACGACGAUGUGCUAUCCGAGCUGCGCGACAAGUUACAACAUGUCCCCGUGAAGCAUGUACUUCUCUUCUUUCUCGAGAGCACGAGGAAUGACGUCUUUCCCAUAAAGAAGGACACCGUCCUAUACGAUCGUCUGGUCGAUUCUUUCCCUGAAAAGAAGCUCCCGAAGGAGGCAAUGGAUCGGCUCGCAACACUGACACCAACCGCCAACUACAUCACUGGCGACUACGACGAUGGUUUCGAGCGAGAUGAAGCAUCCAAGGUCAAGCGUGGAGGCCUUCACUUCACCAAUGCGCAUACAACGGGCACAUACACGCUCAAAAGCUUGGUUGGCACGCUUUGCGGUAUCGCGCCCUUGAUGGCCGACUUCAACCUCGACUACCGGCACCAUGUGUAUCAGCCUUGUUUGGCGCAGGUUUUUGAAGCCUUGAACAAGCUGAGAGACUCGGAAGAGGAGGAUGCGCACCCAUAUAAUGCUUCAAAAUGGCAAUCGUACUAUUACCAGGCCGCCACCAUGCUAUACGACAAGCAAUACGAGCUUGUCUCUGGCCUCGGAUUUCCACAGGAGCACAUCAUCAGCCGAGAAUAUCUUCGAUCGCCAAAUGCCACUCACGGACCCGUCACAUUACCCAACAUCAAUGCCUUUGCUUUCGAGGAGGAUCCGCUCGAAGACUAUUUCCGCGACGUCUUUGUUUCGGCCAAGGAGAAUGACGAGAGAGUCUUCCUCACGCACUUGACCAGUACGAGUCACCACGCCUUCAAGAUGCCCGAACACGAGCAAUACGUGCCCGUGGCGAAGGGUCUCGAUAUGCUGUCGCAUUAUGUCAACUCGGAGGGUUACGACGACAAAUGGUUGCGCAAGGUUCUGGACCUUUUGGAUGAGCAGGGCGUCGCCAAUGAGACUCUAAUCGUCUUUGUUGGUGACCAUGGCCUUUCGAUGCCCGAAAACGACGUCGUUUCACCUUAUUACAACCCCAAUGUCGGCAUCGACCACGUUCCCCUCGUCUUCUCUCAUCCUCUGCUGCCCGCCUUUGACGUUCGCGAUGCAGUGCAUUCGUCACAGAUCGUUCCGACCAUCUUGGACUUGCUUGUGGAGACGGGAUCAUUAAACAAGGCGAGCCGCCAAGCAGCGACUGAUUUGAUGCGUAAUUACGAAGGACAAUCACUUAUUCGACCUAUGCAAAAAUUCAACAAUGAAACAGGCCAAGGCAACUGGCAAUUCACGGUCGUCAACCCUGGAAGAGCUGUGAUAACUGCUCGUGAUGCCCGUUACCCCGAGAGACAUCUCGUGGUACCCAUCAUCGACAACGUCGAGUGGCGACUCAGCAACCUCACAGCCGACCCUGCCCAGCAUGAUUCUGUGCAAGGCUUCGACUUUAUCUCCUUCCUGGGUAGUGUUGAGAGAAAACACGGCACAGAAGUGGCACACUGGGUAGAAGAGGGGGCAUUCAUCAGUAGAUGGUGGGUAGAAGAGAACAGCAAGCGUUGGCGUUUUGGAGCAUACUCAAACCAAGAGCCUUGA